GGCUCACGUGACAUGAGAUGUGGGUGGCUCAUGUGACUGUGCUUACUAUACAAUAUGGAGAGAAGGAGCCAGAGCUGAGAAGGAAGUAGCCCGGUUUUGACGGACUGAUUUCCCCAGAAGCGAUGGAUACAUCCAGGUUGACAUCUGAUCGGUACAAUGACUACAGCUCCACAGAGGUCAGUCCCAGUGAGGAAAACUCUCCAGGAACCAUCGGUAACAAUGUUUCAAGGCCAAGGCAGUAUGAGAGGCUGGGAGAAGACAGUAGCACCACGUGGUAUCAGACAUUAAUCCAUUUAUUAAAAGGAAACAUUGGAACAGGGCUUCUGAGUCUUCCUCUGGCAGUGAAGAAUGCUGGGAUUGUGCUAGGCCCACUGAGUCUGGUUUUUAUGGGAAUCAUUGCUGUUCACUGUAUGGACCUGUUGGUUAAAUGUGCCCAUCACCUUUGUCAAAGGGAACAGCGACCCUUUGUGGACUACGGAGAUGCACUGAUGUAUGGUAUGCAGGGCUGCCCCAGCCAGUGGCUGCAGAGAAAUUCUGUUUGGGGGAGAUGGAUUGUUGGAUUCUUCUUGAUCCUCACACAACUGGGUUUUUGUUGCGUCUACUUUGUGUUUCUGGCUGACAAUAUCAAGCAGGUGGUUGAAGCAGCUAAUGGCACAACGAAUGACUGCAGUGCCAAUGAAACCGUGGUGCUGGUAGAAAGUAUGGAUUCCAGAUUGUACAUUCUAUCAUUCCUGCCUUUCCUCAUCUUGCUGGUCUUCAUUACGAACCUGCGCUACCUGUCCAUCUUCUCAUUGCUGGCUAAUCUGUCCAUGCUGGGGAGUGUUAUCAUGAUCUACCAGUAUAUUGGCAGGGAUAUCCCAGAUCCCACACAUCUAUCUUAUGUAUCCAGUUGGAGGUCUUUUGCUCUUUUCUUUGGAACUGCAAUUUUUGCCUUUGAGGGCAUUGGAGUGGUCCUUCCACUGGAGAAUAAAAUGAAGAUCCCUCAUCAGUUCCCUGUAGUGUUGUAUGUUGGAAUGGGCAUUGUCACAAUCCUAUACAUCAGCAUGGGUACCCUGGGAUUCUUAAGGUUUGGUUCCAGCAUACAGGCCAGCAUCACGCUCAAUUUACCCAACUGCUGGUUUUACCAGUCGGUGAAACUGCUCUACUCGUUCGGCAUUUUUAUCACCUUCGCCUUGCAGUUCUACGUCGCCGCAGAGAUUAUAGUCCCGACAGUCACCUUACAUGUGCAUGAUCGCUGGGUACGUUGCAUGGAUCUAACAGUGAGGGCGGCUUUGGUUUGUCUCACAUGUGUCCUUGCUAUCCUCAUCCCUCACCUGGGCCUUGUCAUCUCGUUGGUGGGAUCAGUUAGCAGCAGUGCCCUGGCCCUUAUCAUUCCUCCCCUGCUGGAAAUUCUGACAUAUUACACUGAAGGCUUGAGCCGCUGGGUUAUCGCCAAGGACAUUUUUAUCAGCCUUGUGGGCUUUCUAGGAUUUGUGUUGGGGACAUACGUAGCACUGUGGGAACUAAUAGUGCCUGAAGUGUCACCAGCAUUGAAUGAAACGGCUCUGUUUGUGGUGCAGUGAGAUUUUGGACAGCAGUGUUAUCUUAUGGAGUUCCAAAAGCCAAUUGUUCUCUUGUUUUUUUCCCUGAAGUAUGUACUUGUAGCCAUGAAGAUUUCUCAGUAUUUCCUAGAGAAACAGAAUUGCUCAUAGCGUACCUUAGUAUUCAGGGGAUGAAUGUAUUUUCACAAACUUCCAAAAUGGUUGCAAAGAUGAUAUUGCGGUACAUACUAGGCCACUUUGGCUUAAAGAGAUGUUAAGGGAAUAAUCUCUUUUAGAUUUCUUUACAUUGGUUUGCCUUAUGCACAUCAUUGCAUUUCACUUAACUGGAUUAUCUAUUUUAGUCAUGGCAAGUGCAUUUUCCCUUAAUGCACAGUGGUCAAUUGACUUUUUGUCCUGUUCAUUUGUAUGUGUGUGACUGUAAUUUCUCCUGUCCUGCCCUGUGUGUUGGCAGGUAUUCCUUCUACUAGUUUCAUGUUUGUGUUCUUUACUUGAAAUCUAUAAAAAAUAUGGUGCAAGUAAGCAUUCUCUAUAACAAGUCCCAUACCUGUAUUGAGUGUAUGGCAAGCAUGCCACUGCUGGACGAGUAAUCAGUCUUUCUAGAUGUUUACAGGACAAUUUUGAUUGUUUUCUAGAAUUUCUGCAUUAAAAAAAUACCUUGGUUUGUUUUUAAAGAUACAUUUUUUUUAAAAAAACAAAAAGUAUUCUGCGUUUCCUGAUUUUUUCCAAAUGGGAAUGCACAGAAUCCAUUCAUUUUAAAAUCGGGUGAAUAUUGAGUCAAAUUUACAUAUUCAGACUGGAAUGUAAACUGACAAAACAUCAUCAUCUCUGAAGAGCAAUUUUGUUUCCUUCAGCUCUUUAAAGUCAUAUUUGGUAUUUAGUGCAUUCUGAAACCACUGCCAAAUAAAAGAAUAAUGCAUGCUUAUAGUGCCACACCAUAUUCUUCACUUUACCCACCCUGGCAUAAUACUGUCACCAUUGCUUUUUGUGUUCAGCUUUUGUAUUGUUUUCUCCUGAAAUCCACACAGCUGCUGCUCAGGCUAUUUUUAUACCGGUAAUAGAACUCAAGUUUACACUUUAAGUAACAGGCAUUGCCCAUUAAUUUACAAUUUGUGAUGGUAUUUCUUCAUGUAAUAAUUACAGUACUGUACCUGUUUGCAAUCAGGCCCCCGUUACAACAUCUGGAAUGUGCAAAUAAAUGUAAAUGGUACAAUA